GAGAAUAAGUUCAUUUGUAAACUUAGAAAAUACUCCUUCUAAAAGUGUAGUCAACAUGUACGCUAGUAGAUCGAUAGAGUCUUCGGCUACCAUGCCAAUGAUUCAGGUGCAGUGCACAGGACCCAACGGUUUAGGCCCUGAAUGGGUGCCCCUAGAACAAGAUUGGAAGAAAAGGUGGUGCACUCUCCCCGAAUUGUAUAAGCGGGAUGCUGCAAGAAUCGAUGCUUUCGAAACGAAAGAAAAUGAUGUAUUUGUGGUGACAUUUAUGAAAAGCGGUACUACAUGGAUGCAAGAGUUGGCCUGGCUUUUAUUAAAUGAUCUGGAUUUCGAACGGGCUAAAGGCAGUUAUCCAUUUCAUCGAAGUCCUUUUCUAGAAUACACUCUUGUUAACCCAGUGGUCGGAAUGGAUUCUAUAGAUUUAUGCAAUAAAGUUGUGGGUAAUUCCCGUCUACUUAAAACACAUUUGCCCGCUCAACUGCUGCCCCGACAAAUCUGGAAGCAGAAGCGAAAGAUAAUCUACGUGGCGCGUAAUCCCAAGGAUGUUGUGAUUUCUUCCUAUCAUCAAAUGAUUGGUCUGUGCUUCUGGGAGAGCAGCUUGGAUGAAUUCGUGGAUCAGUACUUGAAGGAUAAAAUUUUAUAUACAUCUCAAUGGGCACACAUUAUCGACUUCUACAGAAUGCGAAACGAGGAAAACAUUUUCUUUGUUACUUAUGAGGAAAUGUCACAAGAUCUUGAAGAUGUUAUCAAGAGACUAUCAGUAUUUUUGGGAUGCAAAGACUUGACCGAUUUGGAAGUAAGAAAGCUCCUAAAUCACUUGAGUUUUAAAAACAUAAAAGGAAGCAAGUUUGGCGACCCCACCAGUCAUAUCAGAACUGUUCGGAAAACUACUGAGGAUUUUCAAUUCUUGCGGCGCGGUAUUGUCGGUUCCUAUAAGGACGAACUGAGUCCCGAGCAGCAGGAUAAGAUUAAUAAAUGGACAACAAGCUUUCUGAAGGAGUAUGGCAUAAGUGAAUCUGAAAUAUUUGGGAAUAUCUAAUAACGUGUUCAUAAU